AUGGCUGGAUUCCCGGUAUUCUUACUGGUUUUCAUCUUCGCAGCCGCUGCGAAGACAAUCACCCCUAAGGCUGACUUCUGGGGCUAUAUGUACAGUUUCCAAACUGCACCACAGCUUACUGCAUUUAUGUCUGGUCUGAUGCUCUCGGUUCGGAGUCUGGGAGGUUCCUCUGACUGGGUGAUCUAUCAAGCCGUCUUCGGUCAUGGAAUUUCGAAGAACCUGGUUCUGAAGAUAGCUGCGACAACACUACCAUGGGGUAUCCCAGAGCUAUCGUCAGAACCUUUGAUUGGGACCUCGAUGUCGGAUAACACGGCCAAUACUGCUGAACUGCCUUGUCGGACGUACCAGGGAUUGACUCCUGAAAUCACCGCAGCAGCAGGCUGGGCCGUACAGGAAGCAUACAAACUUGCAUUCAGCUAUGUCUGGGUCGCCACGGCUUCGUUUGCAUUUGUCGCUCUCGUUGGUAAGUCUUAUCCCUGA